UUAGCAAAUAUGAUCUUCAGCUUGGGUCACAUAACGCUGUCAUUGGAAUAUUGCACUUUGGUUUUAAGGUGUUUUUUGUAAACGAGCAGCUUGACAAUCUUCUAAUCUCCCCAAUAUCUCCUUUUGUGUUCCAUGGAGGUUAUACAGGUUUGGUAUAACAUGAGGGCGAGUAAAUGAUGACACGAUAUUAAUCCUUGCCUGAACUGUUCCUUAAAUGAGUCAGAGUUUCUGUUUAUUUCAUUUUUUUUUAAUGCCUCAAUACUUAAAGAGAUGCUCAUUGUAUUUCAUUAAUUCCUCAUAAUAAAGCAUCUGCGAUAUGCUCUGUGUGCAUGACUGUAAAAGUGAAGGUCAGCAUGUAGGCAGACAGACAGGUCGAACAGGAUGAGAAAGACAAGGAAACUGUACUGAAACGUCAUCAGUCACAUACAUUUGAACACCAACGUCACAUAUGCAUGUUUCAUCUUUGAGUCUCCACAGGUGUGUGACAGUCGGUGGUCUUGAUGGGGGAGCAAUACCGGCUUACUCGGCUGGUGAGUUUUUCUCUGGGAGAUGAGGGUGUGGAUACGGUUGAAGAGGCUCUUUCACAGAUUGCACUUCUUGUUGAUGCUCAUCGGCUGUCCAGUGCCGAGGUGAUGCUGGAGGUCCAGACCAACAAGGUCAUCCUGAGAGACAGGCACAACCAGGAGCUGGAGGAGUUUGCCAUGCGGUCUCUCCUCCGCUGCGACUGCAUACGUUCCCCAUGUCUCCGUGAUCCAGCUCUCCUCCUCCUGUUGGUGUGUCAGAGCUGCGCCCAGAAGAGGCCGAGUGUGUAUUUCUUCAGCUGUGCGUCUGUCAAAGCGGAGCAGAUAAGAGAUGACAUCAAGCGAGUUGUGUCGCAUUACUCAAUAAGAGCAAACAGGUUUUCCCAGUCCCGAAUGGAUAUUUCAGGAAUUCCUAGCCCUCCAUACACACAAGCCCCAAAUCCACCCUCGUCCAAUCCCCCGCCACCGUACCCGGGCAUCAGAGUUAACGGACAAGCAAACGGUCAACCUGAUAAGUCAUUUCUAAAGGCUCAGAUGGAAGUGGACGUGCUCAAUCAUUGUUUUGAUGACAUCGAACUGUUCAUCGGAAAGCUGCAGCAGUCGGCAGAGGCUCAGAUUAUCCUCGACCAGAGAAACAAAAAGAAGAAGAAGAGUCAGAAGAAAAGUGCAGACGAGGAUCUUCUCACGGCUAAAGCCAAACCGCCGUCUGAGAAAGAGUUUAUUGAUGGUUUUCAGAAAUUCAAAUACACCUUCAGCCUGUUGGCACGGUUAAAAUCCGUCAUCACCAACCCGACGUCCGAGGAGCUCGUGCAUCACGUCUUCAAACCGCUCGACAUGAUCGUGAGGGCAACAGGAGGUCCUGGUUUUGCUGCGUCCGUGUCCAGCCCAGCGAUGACACAAGGAGCCGUGGCUCUGCUACAGAACAGCCUGACGCCACAGGAGAAUGCAUUAUGGGUCUCUUUAGGGCCUAACUGGACACACCAAAAGUCUGCUCUGCGGAGUCCCGUGGCGCCGUACACACUCGUGUUUCAGGACGGCUGGAAGCCUCCGGGGUCAGACGCCGCUGGCUGGGUCGAUCCUGUGGAGUCAGAACACAAACAGGACGCAGAGCUCUCAAAAGUAGAGCUGACACCGUCUCACGCUUCGGACCGUCACACUGCUCCCGCUCAGACUACAGACGAACUUGAUGGCGGUGGGAUAGAGCGCCUGUAUCGAUGCAGUUAUGAUUUUGUGGCGCGGAACAACAGUGAGCUGUCUGUACUUCAAGGAGAGACGCUAGAGGUCGUCAGUGAUGUGAUGGAGUCAUCUAAGCGAUGGUGGAAGUGCCGUAAUAAGUUUAAUGAAGUUGGAUUCGUGCCGUUUAACAUCCUGGAGCCGGUCACACACAUCGACAACCAAGUGAUGCAUAACACACCAAAGCCUCCUGCUGCUCCUCCGAUAUCCAACGCCCUUCCCAGCCCGUCCGCCAUGACCUCUGACCCCAGACCUCCUCGGCCUCGCAGCAUGAUUCACGGGUCGCUGCCAGAGGACACAGAGAAAGCGAUGCAGGUGAACGAUGAGUUACUGCACCGCUUGACCAGCGGGAAGAACCUGUCUCCUCGACUGACGAUCCACCGCUCGGCGGACACGUCAGCGCCGCUGGACUACAGCUCGCCGCCAGCAGAGGUGGAGAACUGGCUGCAGAAGAAGGGCUUCAGUGAACCGACUGUUCAGUGUCUGCGGGUUCUGAAUGGAGCUCAGCUGUUCUCUCUGAAUAAAGACGAGCUGCGUGCUGUUAUUCCUGAGGAGGGCGCUAGAGUCUACAGUCAGCUGACCGUACAGAGAGCCCAGAUAGAGGACGCUCACAGAGCCACAGAACUGGAGACGGUGAUGGAGAAGCAGAAGAUGAAGGUGGAUCUGGAACUGGAGAGUGGAACUUUAUGAACAUAGACUAGUGUUCAAAUACACACUCACUGUCUGUAUGAUACGUAUGAGCCUACUUGCACAAGAUCAUUUACGUUAUUGUAACCUGCUUUGUGGCUUGUUUUAUUUUACCAUUUAGCUUUACGGCAUGAAAUCUCCACAAUUAUGUCUAACAUUUAAAUUGUCUGUGUAAUAUGGGUUAAUAAUAUAUUCUCAAUAAAUCCAUUUAAUGCA